CACUGGGGCUGCAGGGAUGGCGACCAGGGUGGGGAGGCCGGGCCGUGGUGCGGGGCGCACGCGUGAAGCGGCACCGCACGUGUGAAAGGAAUUCUUUUCAGAGAGGCCGGGAGCCCUGCUCGGGAGGAACGCGCCCGGGUCGCCGCCGCGGCGGAGCGGGGUUAGGAAUCUGAAGCCAUGGGCGACUGGAGCUUUCUGGGAAGACUCCUAGAAAAUGCCCAGGAGCACUCCACGGUCAUCGGCAAGGUUUGGCUGACCGUGCUGUUCAUCUUCCGCAUCCUGGUGCUGGGGGCGGCGGCGGAGGACGUGUGGGGCGACGAGCAGUCCGACUUCACCUGCAACACCCAGCAGCCGGGCUGCGAGAACGUCUGCUACGACCGGGCCUUCCCCAUCUCCCACAUCCGCUUCUGGGCGCUGCAGAUCAUCUUCGUGUCCACGCCCACCCUCAUCUACCUGGGCCACGUGCUGCACUUGGUGCGCAUGGAGGAGAAGAGGAAGGCCAGGCAGGAGGAGGAGCAGCCGAAGACGGACAGCCCCAGCCCCCCGGAGCCGCCGCAGGACGGGCCCUCCUCGCGGGAGGACCGCGGCCGGGUGCGCAUGGCCGGGGCGCUGCUGCGAACCUACGUCUUCAACAUCAUCUUCAAGACGCUGCUGGAGGUGGGCUUCAUCGCCGGCCAGUACUUUCUGUACGGCUUCGAGCUGCAGCCGCUGUACCGCUGCGACCGCUGGCCCUGCCCCAACACGGUGGACUGCUUCAUCUCCAGGCCCACGGAGAAGACCAUCUUCAUCAUCUUCAUGCUGGCGGUGGCCUGCGCGUCGCUGCUGCUCAACAUGCUGGAGAUCUACCACCUGGGCUGGAAGAAGCUCAAGCAGGGCAUGACCAGCCUCGGCCCGGACGCCUCCGAGGCCCCGCCGGGCACCGCCGAUCCCCCGCCCCUGCCCCGCAGCUCCCGGCCCCCGGCCGUGGCCCUCGGGUUCCCGCCCUACUACGCGCACACCGCGCCCGCGGGACAGGCCCGCGCCCUGGGCUACCCCGGGGUCCCGCCGCCAGCCGCGGACUUGAAACUGCUGGCGCUGACCGAGGCGCGCGGAAGGUGCCCGUCCGCCCAGCUCUGCCACGGCCGCCACCACCUGCCGCUGACGGAGCAGAACUGGGCCGGCCGGGCGGCCGAGCAGCAGCGCCACGAGCUCAGGGCCUACCCCGCGGCGCCCACGCCCGCAGCGCCCAGCCCCACCGGCAGCAGCUCCCAGCCGCCCACGCACGAGGCUGAGGCCGGCGCGGCGCCCCUGCUGCUGGAUGGCAGCGGCAGCAGUCUGGAGGGGAGCGCCCUGGCGGGGACCCCCGAGGAGGAGGAGCAGGCCGUGACCACCGCGGCUCAGAUGCACCCGCCGCCCUUGCUCCUCGGAGACCCAGGUCGGGCCAGCAGGGCCAGCAGGGCCAGCGGUGGGCGGGCCAGGCCGGAGGACUUGGCCAUCUAGGGCCCGGGUGCCUGCCUCCAGACAGCUGUGUAGUGAUCCUUUUCUUAGAAACCAAAACCAAAGUGCACUUGCCACCAGCAGAUAGAACCUGAAAGUGAGCGCCUGGCGUCCCAGGAGGUGGACGAUGGAGGAGAGAUCAGGUUUCCGUGUUCAAUGCUUGCUGUUCUUAGUACUGUGAGUUACAGGGGGGCUAACUCCCACUUUCUGAGUUUGGGGAUUGGGGGGACAAGGGUUGUGGGCCUUUAAGAUCUUCACAGCAGCCCAGAAGUCUGGUUGCUGAGCGCUGUCUCUGGGGGUAACUGUUCUGUUGUGGUAAAGCAACAGGUAUCCUGCAGUCCCUUCAGCGCCAGGGCAAUUGGGUUUGCUAUUCCUCAGCUCUCCAGAGCCUCUGGGCAGCCCAGAGAGUCAUAGAGGCACUUAGCUCUAUCUCUGUUUGAUACUUUUAACUUAGAGUUGAAUUUCAUUUGGGAUAUUUGCCAAACUGCACUAAAAAAAGAUUUACAGCAAGUCUAUGUAGUGUCAUUUGAGUUUCCGAAAUUGCAUGUGAAGCCCAGGAUAUCAAGCUUCAGGCUUCAUGACAAGUGACAAAGAGCAGUUACCCUGCAGAGGCAGGCUCAGUGGGCAAGGGCCCCAGAGGUUGCUGGCAGAAGGCAGGUGGAGACGCAGCCACACCUGAGGCCAUUUUUAAACAGUUGAGGAAAUUGAAAUAAAAGUGUGUCUGGUAUGCCGUAGGUAUUUAUUUUCUAAAUGAUUAUUUUGUGCUUUGAAUGGUACAGAUAUGCCUAUUUUCUCCCACUUUCUUUCAGGAAAAAUGAAAGAAAAAUAGUGUUUUUCUUUCUCUAAAUACUGUUAAAAUGAUUAGUGGCCAAAACAGUGCUAACUUGUCCUAAUGCAUACUAGUAAAGAUUUUGAACUUUCUUUUAAAAGAAAUUCUUUCACUUCAUGAGUCACCUAAUUAUAAUGAGAAUGUAUUAUAUAAAACAAAAGCAGGGGAAAGUUUUAAGUGCAUUCAAAUACUUGAAGUUCUGAAGAUUUUGAAUGGGAAGUGAAAAGUGAACUACUGUUGCCAGGAAAAUUAUUUAUACAGAUGAAUCUAUGACAAUCAACACUUUAAAAAAACAGUACAGAAUAAAAACACUUCAAGCUUCCUAA